GAGGAGGAGGAGGUGGAGGAGGAGAAAGAAGGGGGGAGGGUGAGACGCGGACGGCACGCAGAGAGGCGCCGGGUCAACGCGCCAGGUAACAACGCCUCAGGACAUCCGCUGACGUCCUCGUCGACGUCCUUGCCGUUCUCCUCGUCAUCAUCGUGAACGGCGACGCGCCGUUGCUUCUUCUCCUCGAACGUGGAUAUCCCGUCUUGUUCCACGGAUAAUAUGAUGUCCUUCCACGCCGCCUCCUGGAGCUUCGCCCUCCUCGCGGCCACGGUCGCGUUGCUGCCCGCCACGCAUCGUGCUCCGUUCGCGCAAGCCGCAACCGGCGGAGGCAGUAUGCUGAAUGACGUCAACAUCUCCGCGAUAUUGGACUCGUUCUCCGUCAGUUACGAUAAAAGAGUAAGGCCGAACUACGGAGGUCCUCCUGUCGAGGUGGGCGUCACCAUGUACGUCUUGAGUAUCAGCUCGCUAUCCGAAGUGAAAAUGGACUUCACGCUGGAUUUUUACUUCCGGCAAUUCUGGACGGAUCCGCGGCUCGCGUUCAAGAAACGGACGGGCGUCGAGACACUGAGCGUCGGCUCGGAGUUCAUCAAGAACAUCUGGGUGCCCGAUACGUUCUUCGUCAACGAGAAGCAGUCGUACUUUCACAUCGCUACCACCAGCAACGAGUUCAUUCGUAUUCAUCACUCGGGAAGCAUCACACGUAGUAUACGUUUAACGAUCACGGCAUCGUGUCCAAUGAAUCUGCAAUACUUUCCAAUGGAUCGACAGCUCUGCCAUAUCGAGAUCGAGAGCUUUGGAUACACAAUGCGCGAUAUUCGGUACAAAUGGAACGCCGGCCUACAGUCGGUCGGCAUCUCGAACGAGGUGGAACUACCGCAGUUUCGCGUGCUCGGUCACAGGCAACGACAUUCAACCAUACACCUAUCUACAGUCGGAUACACGAUGAGGGACAUCCGGUACAAGUGGAACGAGGGCCCGAACAGCGUCGGUGUCAGCAACGAGGUCUCCCUGCCUCAGUUCAAGGUCCUUGGUCAUCGUCAACGAGCCAUGGAGAUUAGUCUAACUACCGGAAAUUAUUCGCGGCUGGCCUGCGAGAUCCAGUUCGUACGGUCGAUGGGCUACUACCUGAUUCAAAUCUACAUUCCCUCCGGCUUGAUCGUCAUUAUCUCGUGGGUGAGCUUUUGGCUGAACCGUAACGCGACCCCCGCUCGGGUGGCCCUCGGAGUAACCACUGUGCUCACCAUGACCACCCUUAUGUCGUCAACGAACGCGGCAUUGCCGAAAAUCUCCUACGUCAAGUCCAUCGACGUUUAUCUGGGAACGUGUUUCGUCAUGGUGUUUGCCUCGUUGCUCGAAUACGCGACGGUGGGCUACAUGGCAAAGAGGAUUCAAAUGAGAAAGAACCGAUUCCAAAAGAUAGCGGAAAGUAUGAAGACAGCGAGGGAGAAUCCAGGACCACCUGGAGUACCCGGUGAUCACGGAGAUCACGCGCCUAAGCAAACUUGGUCCCGUGUUGUCCAGGAGGUGCGGUUCAAGGUGCACGACCCGAAGGCACACAGCAAAGGCGGAACGCUCGAGAACACCAUAAACGGACGAGCCGACGAGGAGGCAGCGCCGGCGCCGCAACAUCUCAUUCAUCCUGGCAAGGAUAUCAGCAAGCUUUACGGUAUGACGCCAUCGGAUAUCGAUAAAUACUCCCGCAUCGUGUUUCCUGUGUGCUUCGUCUGUUUCAACCUGAUGUACUGGAUCAUUUACCUGCACAUCAGCGACGUCGUAGCGGACGAUCUGGUGCUUCUCGAGGAAGCGAAAUAAACGAAGGGAACGGCGUGUACGAUCGCGCGUGUACGACAGACGAAACGUGCGGUCAAAGACAAACGUGCGAAAGUAUCGGUAAGAGGGGGUGGGUCAGGGGGUGAGAGACCAGUUCGCAGAGAAGGGACUACGAAAUUGAUCUCAGAGAAUAAUUGAAACAAAAAAAAAAAAAAAAGAAAUGAAUAUUCCGGCAGGACUGAAAGUCCUAAGUGCGCGACGGACUAAAAAUAACGCUGUGAUUACUUCGACGCGAAGCUGUACAAGCUAAACCGACAUCAGCGUACCAUGGAUCGACGGAGCGGAAUUGUAAAAGAAGAGGAACAAAAGAAGAUCGAAGCGAGAACGAUACUAAGGGAACGGCCAACUCGAUCGCGAGCAACGUUUCAAACGCGAAAUGGAAAGUGCCCGGACAAAAGACGUCGACGAAGAGCAAACAAACAAGCCUGCGCCUCUGUGCUUCGUUCGGACAGGAGAUAGAGACAGUGGCUGGUCAGACACCGGUCGGAGCGGG